AUGGCCGCUGCCGUGAGGAAUCCUGUGUGGGUCGCUCCGGGGCAGGACGCGCAGUGUCUCCACAGGAGGAGCGCUACCGACGCGCCACCGACGGCCGGGGUGGGGGGUGCGGACCGCGGACCAGCGCCGUGCAACACCAGGGAUGCCAUCCCGGGAACUUCGUGCUUCCAUGACUACAACGUGGCUAAGUCAGAGAUGGAUAGCUACCUGUCUCCGCACCCGCACGACAUAGUCACCUCCAAAAUGUUGUGCAGGGACGGCUCUCUGAUGCUGGAGCAGCCUUUCCCAGAGGACUUUGCCUCGCCUUACAGCGUCAACAUGAGCCUGCUCCUGCCUGACGUCACGUACCUGCACCCCGGUCUCUGCAGGACCGUGAGGCAGAUCAAAACAGAGCCGACGCACUCCAUGAUGCACCCCCCCUGCCAGGGCCACGGGGGGCCGCCACGGGCUCUCCCGGGCGCUCCGAGCGCGGCCGACACAGCAAGCGGUAACUUUUUCAUCAAACAGGAAGUGCCAGAUUUCCAGGAUGUUCCCCUGUUUCAGCUCUUGAACUCUGACCUGGAGCAGCUCAUUCAUGGGUCGCAGCUGAGCUCCAUCCCCAUGGCACCGCUCAGUCAUCCCAAUGGGAACGUCCAUGCAGGCCCAGUGCCGCAUUCUGCAAAGCCCACAGGGAAUCCUCAGAGAGAGUGUUUUCAGUUCAAUCGGCACUCAGGCCAUCGGCAGACACCGACCUAUUUGCCCCCUUCUCCGCCAAACUCUGAGCCCCCCAGUCCGGACAGGGGGAAGGAGCUCCUCCACAAUCUGUCCCCACCUCCCUCCUAUGAAGCCAGCAUCGCCUCUAAGUUAACAUUUCAGACCCAUAAUCCCAUCGAUCCAAGACAGACUCCCAGUGUCGCUCCAACCCAAGGUCCACACCAAAAUACCAGUGUCCGAUCAGUCCAAAGUCCAGGUGUUGGUCCGGUCCAGCGUUCGAGCCUGAGUCCACUUCACACAGCACCAGGUGUGGGCCCUCUGUCCCCCGUGUUGGGGAACGAGUCAGCUUCACUCAGGUUCAACCGAAGGAAUAAUCCUGAUCUGGAGAGACGGCGGAUUCACCACUGUGACGUCCCAGGAUGUAAGAAAGUGUACACCAAGUCCUCUCAUUUAAAAGCCCAUCUACGGACCCACACAGGAGAGAAGCCUUACGAGUGCUCCUGGGAGGGAUGUGAGUGGCGCUUCGCUCGUUCCGAUGAGCUGACUCGCCAUUUCAGGAAACACACCGGUGCAAAGCCUUUCCAGUGUGGAGUAUGCAACCGCUGCUUCUCCCGCUCCGACCACCUGGCACUACACAUGAAAAGACACCAGCGCUAG